AUGGGCUUCUCCAUCCUUCACAACCGGUCGCUAGACGAUUCCUCCUUGAUCGAUAGACGAACACGCUCAACCUCUCCCUCCAAGAACAGGCACUCGCUCCCUCCCACCUUCUUCGACAUGAGACUCCCUCACAUGCCCAUCGCCAACGACGAGGACAUCCGCUCUGCCACCUCGUCGUCGUCGUCCAACCUCUCCCAGGAGCACUUGAAGCAGUUGAGCAAGUCCCCAGUGUCGAAACGCCUCCAUGUGGCCACCACAGGCGACACCAACAAGUACGUGAUUCCCAUUCCCUUCACCUUGAGCUUGCCGCCAAAGUUGAGUCAGAAAAACAUCCAGCACGACUUGGAAAAACGCUCGAGGUCGGCGUCUCCCGUCCGCUCCCCUGCCUCCUCCAGACACUCGUCACCCCCCAAGAGCCCGUCGCCUUCACGGUCCAUGUCCCCUUGUCGUCGCCAAACCAAGUUGGUGUACACCAGCACUGGCUACAAGAAGUUGGAGUCGCUGUCGGACGAGGACGAGCUCACCCAGGACUCCAUCAACAAACGUAUUGCAUUCAAUCGCCGUCCCCCUCCACUCCCGGCAAAGAAAGGCAAGGCCCUGAAGAUCACCUUCCAACCCCACUCUGACGAAUUGAGCAUCAUCGAAGAGGCCUCCAACAGCGGAGCCAGUUCAAGACAGUCCAGUGUCAAAAGUAAGCCUGACGACCAACGCUCCCUCCCACCACCACCUAUAGAAAAAGAGCAACAGCCAAUUAUUGCGCCACUGGUGCCUGUUCCAGCUCAAAAGCCCAAACCAUUCCUCACCAACGUUCGUAUCAUGACUACUCCCAAUCCACGAGCUUCUCCGGUUACCUCGAUUCCAAAGACCAAGACUGAACUCAACCUCAGGACCUUGCAAAUGCAGGGUGGCCCUACAAAGGGUGCGGAGUUGAAAAUCCACAAGCGGUCGUUCAGUGACGAGUCCUUCGUGUCUUCUAUAAGCUCCUUCAGCUCGGUGGGCGACAUAAUGAGCUUCAGUAAGCAUCCAAUUCAGUACAGGAACCUGGAGACUUCUCCUGUGGUGAGGAGGUUGAACGAGCUGCGUGGCAUACAAGCAAACGACAAUGAUAGAAUCGUUUCCACGUCGUCCACUGUCAGCAAGACAUCCGAUGGAAGUGUGGCCUCUUGGGACUCUUUGCAGUCGUCCAUUGAUAUCAAGAGCACAGAUACAAAGAAGCAAAGGAUGCCCGAAAAGCUAGAAAGGAAGAUUUCACUCAAACCAAAGGCCAGACUGAAACAGUUACCUCCCACUCCACAGUCAGACGAUGACUGGGAAGACGGCUCUAGUGAAGAGGAAGUAAGCGAAAUCACGAAAGACAGUUUUGACAAGGAUGGGAUCACUUCAACAACAAUUACUGAGACAGAAGAUGAGGACACCAGUAUGAGUAGAGGUAGUUCCGAGGAUAACGAGGAUGCAGAAACCUUCCAAAUUAAUUAUUCUAAAGAAUCCGAGGAAGUUGAACCACUCAGAAUUAGCAGAGCAUCUACAUUAACUGGGUCUGACGGGCUUGCUGGUCCUCACAAAUUGCAGAAACUGCCCGUUGACGAGCAGACCAUCUACGAUUUCUACCUCGACGAUAUUGCCAGUAUUUCAACUGCAAAGUAUUCCGAGAUCACUACUUUUCCUGAUGAGAAGCAAACUACGCCUGAUUUUGACAACAGCGGCGCUGGAAGGAGAUUCAGCUUUCCUAAUAACAGGAAAAAUGUUACAAACAGCAAGGCUAUACAACAGCAGAAGUUAUCAGGCAAUUCUUUGAAGUCAAGCAGAUCAAGGACAAGCUUUAUGUCAAAAUCUGGCCAAAUUGAAAUUCCAGAUCUUGAAACUGAUUCUUAUUCUGCAAAGGUCUCUUACUUCUCUUACAAUACCAAAUCUGCUAACGAUUCUGAAUCAGACACUUCUGCAUCUAAUUCUACUGGUACAGAAGACGAGGAAUCCCAAUUGGAGCCUAUUGGUUAUCCCAGUAAAGCAGCACAGAAUGCCGCAAAAGAGCAUUUCAAGUCCAUGUACAACGCGACUGGGGACGAGGACUCGGAUACUGAUAUUGAAUCCACCAAGUUUUCAUUGUAUGCUCUGCGUCAACAAGCCAAGUCCACUCCUAAUUUGAAAGCCAACAGAAACAAGGAGCUUCCCCCAAUUGAAGGUUUGGGUGCGCCUGCUGAAACUACCAACAUUCCAAUUGCUUCACCUCCAAGGAGACAUCAGCGUCACAAAUCGAUGUACAAUAUCGAUUUCGAAUACAGAGAAUCUGGAUCCGAUUUUGGUAAAGAAAUAACUCAUAAAAAAUCCAAGAGUACUGAUUUAAGCAAUUUGAGUACUCCUACGUCUGGCACUCAUGACCAAAAGGCUGGAAAUGAUGGAAUAUUGGCAGAGGAGUCCCCUGAGUCGCUAGAUAUCGUGAUUGCUGAUCCUCCUUCUCAAGUUCAAUACGAGGUUGAUUUCAAGGAGGCUGAUUCCAACGAUGGUCAUGAAUCCUACGAUCAAAGUCCUAACUACACGAAUGAGGUGUACAGAAGUGCUACCAUUCAUUCAUUCCCGCAUCGCCAUGUUGACGACCUCAGCAACCAGAUGCAUAACUUGAAAAUGGGUCACACUAACCCUAGAUCUGCUCCGGGAUCAAGAAGUGUGGAAGAAGCAUCCUAUUCUUCGAAGUCGAGCUUCCAGAGUAGCAACUCGGCUGGACAGUCAAGCUUGACUUCUAUUUCAGACAAUGAGAGCGUUGUCAUUGACUUGACAAAGGACAAUUAUGAUAUCUGUAUGGUUAAUCGUCAGGAUUCAAUCCAUUCUUAUAAAUCAGUCACAGAAAGAACAAAAGACGGAAAGGAGGUUGAAGUUGUGUUGGUCGACGAAGACGAAGAUGACUUACUCAGUUUGUAUUCAAAGUAUCGUAACGAUUCCUGGGUAUUCAGAACUAGUUCAACUUCUUCGAGAUCUUCUAAUUUCAGUGCUGCAUCUUUUGACAGCAACACUCCAUCCGAAUCUCAGCUUUCGUUGAAGCAAAGACCAGAAAUGAUAAAAAGGUUCCAAUCAACGAACAGCAUUAGAGUGCCGGGAGAUAUUGCUCAAGAUUUGGGUAGAAAAAGAUCGAACAUCUCUGAGGCUUCGUCUCACUUGAGUGCUAAUUACAACUCUAGAAGAAUCCAGCCACCAAUAAAUGGAUUGAAUAAGAUUUACUCAAGGAAAGGCGCAGAGCCUGUAUUUGAGAAACCAAGUGUGAGGCCAAGCUACACUGACUCCAGCAAGCGUCACACCGUUCAUACAAUGGAUUCCAAUUACUUUGAUUACACAUCUGGUGACAAGUAUGACUUUAACACUUUUAUGAAGCAGCAAUCGUCUAAUCAGAUCUAA